AUGGAAACUCUUCGAAUUUCGUUAUCGACCAACCCAGAGACGAUGACGAAGCUGAACAUUGUCGGCCGGUGGCUUUUCAUGGGAAGACGAAGCUUGAAGCCAUUUUCAGCUGGCCGCGUGUUUUCCUCAGCCGCCAAACAAUGGAACGGCGGCGUUUCGAUGGUUCAAGGCGCCUCCAGAGGCAUCGGCCUUGAAUUUGUUACACAAUUGUUGGAGAGAAGGGACAAAGGGUAUGUCGUGGCAACGUGCCGUAAUCCUAAUGCGGCAACUGGGCUUCUCGAGUUGAAGAAGAAGUUUCCGGAACGUUUAGAUAUUCAUCAGCUGGAUCUCACGGCCGAUAGCACAAUAGAGGCAACAGCAAAGGCAGUCCAAGAUAAGUAUGGGUACCUAAACCUUCUCAUAAAUGCAUCGGGCAUUUUAUCGAUACCCAAUGUUCUGCAGCCAGAAACCACAUUGAACAAAGUUCAGAGGGCUUCCUUACUUGUGACCUAUGAGGUCAAUGCCGUUGGACCCACUUUAGUUGUGAAGCAUAUGUGGCCCCUGCUGAAGACUGGAGGCUGUAUUGGGACCGAGCGAGAAUCUGCGAUUGUUGCUAGCAUUAGUGCUAGAGUAGGGUCGAUUGGAGAUAAUCAUCUCGGAGGUUGGCACUCGUAUAGGUCAUCUAAAUCUGGACUUAACCAGUUGAUGAAGACAGUAUCUGUGGAAUUUGCGCGCAAGAAAGACCCUAUCGUGUGCAUUCUUUUGCAUCCGGGCACAGUGGACACGGAUUUAUCGAGACCAUUCCAGAGGAAUGUUCCGGAAGGCAAACUCUUCACGAAAGAAUUUUCAGUCGAGAAGCUACUGAGCAUCAUUGAUAAUGCAAAGAAAUCCGACAAUGGCAAGUUUUUUGCGUGGGAUGGUGAAGAGAUUCCAUGGUGA